CCUAAGAAACCUCACUCAUUUAAAGAUGAUGCAGAUUUGCUGGCACUAAAGAAAGAACUUGAAGAUGCUGGGGAAGUACGUUCCCGGUCUCCAAACAGAUCACUGUCUGUGCCUAACCGGCCUCGUACACGCCCACCACAAAGACCACCCCCUCCAAAAAGUAACAUUCCAAUGUCCAUUCCACAACCAUUGAAGCUUCUUCCUGGAGCUCCUCCCCAGCAUCCUCCUCAAGACAAAACUGGGAUAAGCAAACCUUACAAUGUAAAACAAAUUAAAACUACUAAUGCACAAGAAGCGGAG